AUGGAGUGUUACUACAUUGUCAUCAGCUCCACGCAUCUCAGCAAGGGACACUUUCGCAACAUCAAGGGAGUUUUCCGGGGCCCUCUCAGCAAGAACGGCAACAAAACUCUGGACUAUGCUGUGAAGGAAAAUACCAUAGCGAAAGCUCUAGAAGACUUAAAGGCCAAUUUCUACUGUGAACUCUGUGACAAGCAGUACUACAAGCAUCAAGAAUUCGACAAUCACAUUAAUUCUUAUGACCAUGCACACAAGCAGAGGCUCAAAGAACUGAAACAAAGAGAAUUUGCUCGAAAUGUAGCAUCUAAAUCCAGAAAAGAUGAACGAAAACAGGAAAAGGCACUUCAGCGGCUGCACAAGCUUGCAGAGCUCAGGAAGGAAGCUGUGUGCGCUCCUGGCAGUGGGCCCAGGUUCAAGUCAACGACUGUUACUGUGAGAGAAAAUCGUAACGACGUUUCACCAAGCGUUGUUUUGGAUUCAGUUAAUAACCAGGAAGAAUUCAAGUGUACUUUGAUUCACAGUGAAGAGAAUUCUAACAAUGUUACCGCUGUUGCUGCCGAUCCAGAAAGCUCAAACAAUUCCACGGCACAAAAUAACCAACUUGGAGCUCAAGCCCGGGGAACCCACAGACACAGAAUCGGAUUUUCUUUUGCAUUUCCAAAGAAAGCGCCCGCAAAGCUGGAGUCCUCCGCGGCAGCCUUUUCGGAGUGCAGUGACGGUGCCUCCGUGGGAAAGGGGUGUAACCGGAAAAGCCGAUUUGUCCCCAGUGCUUGCCAUCUUCAACUGUCGUCACCCACAGAUGUGCUUUUGAGUUCUGAAGAGAAAGUGAACACUUUGCAUCCACCAGAGGGAAUGGGCUCUGACAAAGAAAGCCUUCGAACUCAAGAGACUCGAGAAAUCUCUAGGAAAAAUGAUACAUCAUUGUCAAUACCUCCAUUUUGCCAGCCUCCACUCCCUUUAUGUUCUGACGUAGACAACUGCCAAACUUCAGUCCUAGAGGCAGAUCAGACACUACCAGAUGUUAUUAUUAAUGGAGACAUACCCAUAGAUGAUAGUAACUCUGAAUUGUUAAAAAAUAAAGCUACCGUUCUUAAUAUGCCUAACGAUUGCUUGUUUUCCCAAGCUACCACAGAGGAGACUGUUUUGAACAACGAGGUAACCACAAUUGAAAUUGAAAGUGAAACUCAUGACCCUGAGAUUUCAUCCUCUUCAAAUACCGAAGAGGAAAACACCAACUCAUGUAGAAAAACAGAUUUACGUCAAAGACAGUGUGAGCCAUUUGUACCUGUACUAAACAAACACGGGUCGACAGUUCUUCCGUGGCCAUCAGAAAUGCUGAUCUACACAACCACUCAACCAUCCAUCUCCUACAGCUGUAACCCUCUCUGCUUUGACUUCAAGUCCACUACGUCCAGCAACAAUCGAGACAAUAAAAAACCACCCUUACACGAUGUGUACUCUCAGCACAAGGGAGAAGACCUUAGCAAGGCACCAGCUUUAAGGUGUCAGGACACUCCUGUUUCAAGACUCACUGUAGGCAGUGGAAGCGAAUAUACUCAAGCCACCACGCUUGUAGCUGAUGGAAUUGUUUCCAAGAGUUACAAUUCGGGAAAGAAUGGGAAUGUGAGUCUGAAAUAUAAAAAUAGAUCCUGCGGAUUCAGAAGCACAGACAAACACAAUUCCGCUAAAAAGCAAAUAAAACAGGAUACUCUAGAUGAGAAAUACAACAAAAAGAGGUUUAAAGAUACUCAUGAACAGUGGUUCCACAAAAGUAGAAGGAAAAAGAGAAAAAGAAAGUUAUGUCAGCAGCAUCAUGGGGAGAAAACCAAAGAGUUAGAAUCUCAUUGUGAAAUGGAAAUGCAGACUGAUUACAACGAUAAAGCCAGAGCAAAUCAACCAGAAACAAUUUCAGAAAAGCAGAAUUUAGCUGCCGAACAAUUAUCAGAAUCACAUUACUCACCUGAUAAAAGGCCCAAAUCAACAUCCAUAUAUCUAAGUGAAAAUGAAGAAAUGUGUAAAUUAUGGAACACCAAAUACAAUGCUGCUAUCAGUUCUAAAAAUCACUACGGAAACAACACACUUGUUUUAAACGGACAAUCAAGUCCAACCAUAAUGCAUUCUGGGAAACAUGGUAUAACAUAUUCCAGGACUUUCUGUAGUUGGAAAGCCAAAAGGUUGAGCUGCAGCCAUGAUCGUAAAUGCUUAGUUCUUCAAAAUGAUGCUAAAUACAUGAGUCAGAAUCAGGCUGUUAAAAGAGGCAAUAAUUCUCUCAAAUCAGAAAGAUUCUAUCGAAAACGUAAACAACAUUCAUGUUCUUACUCCUCAGAGGAAAGCUUAAAUCAUCAUUAUUUACCGGGGGAAAUUUGGAAGCCAUCAAGUACUUCACUUGCUCCCUGUAAGCCUAAGAAGAAAAGGAGGAGAAAGAGAAGCAGAUUCCACACCAGAGUUGAGACUCUGGAACUUAAAGAGAAUUCAAAGCAUCUCAUGAAAGACAAAUCUUUCUUAAAGGACCCGGAUGAGUUAAUAAGUGAAGAGAAAAGCAAAGAAAUAAAACCACAAGAAAUUACAAAUACAGCAAAUAUCUCCCCAAAACCAGACAAAAUUGAAAACAACCUGACUUUGGACUCCAGCAAGCUUCUUUCUCUUGAAACCAAUGGUGAAACUGAACGUGUAGUUAUGGAGACUGGUGAAUUUUCUGAGGUUUCCAGUAACCCUGCUACAACGCUCUCUGUCGCUAGUGUUCCGACAAAAGAAGCAACUGAAAACACCUUAAAUUCCUUGCCUGACCACAAGAAAAGAUGUGAAACUAUUAAUAUUAGUGAAAAACACAUUCCUUCCAAGGUACCCAAUAUCGACAGGAACAUUAGACAGGCACAAUCUAAACCAUACCUUUGCCAUUAUGAACUGGCUGAGGCCCUUCCACAAAGCAAGAUGAAUGAGUCAUCAAGUGAAUGGCUAAGAUACAGUUCAGGAAUCCUUAACACCCAACCACCGUUACCAUUCAAAGAAGCACAUAUCAGUGGUCAUACUUUUGUAACAACUGAACACAUUCUGGCUCCACUGGCUCUACCAGAACAAACGUUGUUAAUCCCCCUAGAAAACCAUGAUAAAUUCAAAGAGCUCCCGUGUGAGGCCUACCAACACAUCAUACAGCCGAACAUGCUGGCCAACAAGGUCAAGUUUACCUUUCCUCCACCCCCCAGUACACCUCUGCAGCCUUUGCCUUUGCAGCCCCUAUGUUCUACCUCUGUAACCACUAUCCACCACACUGUUCUGCAGCAGCAUGCAGCCGCUGCAGCAGCCGCAGCUGCAGCCGCAGCUGCAGGGACCUUUAAAGUGCUUCAGCCACACCAACAGUUUAUUUCUCAAGUCCCAUCCCUAUCCAGAACAUCAUUACCUCAGAUAGCAAUGGGACCUAGGCUUUAUCCUGGGAACCACUCAACUUUUGUGGCCCCUCCUCAAAUGCCAAUCAUUUCAGCUUCAGUUCUUCAUCCAAGCCAUCUGGCCUUCCCCCCUUUACCUCCUGCGCUCUUGCCCUCCUUGCUUUCUCCGCACCCUGCUGUCAUCCCCCUGCAGCCUCUCUUCUAGUCACCCCUGUCACAUCAGGGAAGGAGCUCCCCUGGUGAAAUCCCGCGCUCCGGGCGUCAGCGCUCCUCUCAGCGCGGGACUCUUUUCAUGGUGAAAACUCAACUGGUGGCCUCAUUGAUUUGAAAUCAUUUACUGUAAGUGUAAUGAUGCAGAUAUAUCCUUAAGUUUCUGAUGUAUAUUAUUAUGAAAGCACUGAACAGUUUGAAAAUCUAUACAAUAUAUGCUGUAUAUUAAAAUGACGUCUUAAGAGUAUGUAUAAUGUAUAUAAAUCUAUUUAUAGUACUGUAAUUUAUGUUGUAAAGUAUGCUCCUUGGUUUUUUUAAAUCUUUGUGUACUUGCACCUCUUUAAUGUUUAGACAAAGCUGAUGGCACUGUUUUGUACCAUGUUCCUUGAAACUGUAAAUUCAGUGAAA